AACACGGAGCAGCUUUUGGAGCGAAAAUGUCAUAUCCUACCGAACUUCUGUUUUACAUCGAAAUGAACCAAGUUCCCUCAGGACCUCCAUUUGAGCUGGUACCAGUGUCUGAUGAUUACCUUCUACCCCAUGAAAUGCCGAGCUACUCAUUAGAGGAUGCUGAGUGGUACUGGGGUGAUAUAUCAAGGGAGGAUGUUAAUGAGAAACUCAGGGACAUGCCAGAUGGUACUUUCCUUGUCCGUGACGCGUCCACGAAGGCGCGGGGAGACUACACGUUAACUCUGAGGAAAAGCGGCACCAACAAGCUUAUCAAGAUCCACCACCGAGAUGGGAGGUAUGGAUUUUCAGAGCCGUUCACCUUUGGCUCUGUGGUGGAGCUCAUUGAGUAUUUUCGGAACCGGACGUUAGUCCAGUACAACGCAGCUCUUGAUGUCACACUCGCCUACCCUCUGUCCCGUUUCAGACCGGACCAAAUUGUCAAGAGUAAGAGCUGGGACACAACUUCAGAGAAACUUCUGGAAUAUUGCCAUCAGUUUGAAGAAAAGACUCAAGAGAACGACCCUCUGUUCAGCAUCUACACAAAGACAUUACAGAAAAUCCAGAUGAGGCAAAAGGCCAUCGAGGCUCUAAACGAGAUGACCAAGAUCUUUGAUGAGCAGCAUCAUUCACAUGAUGACUCAUUGAACCAGACAGGAGAUCCUUACCUGACGCAGGAGCAUCCUGAGGAGUACCAGGCUCUCCUCGAGGAGACGAGCUGGUUUGUCGGCGACCUGAGCCGGGCACAGGCGGAGGAGCUACUCAAGGGGAAGCCUUCUGGAGCUUUCCUGAUCCGCAGCAGCAGCAAGAAGGGCUGCUAUGCCUGCUCUGUUGUGGUGGACGAGGAGGUGAGACAUUGUGUGAUCUACCGUACAUCACGUGGCUAUGGUUUUGCUGAGCCCUAUGACCUGUACAGUUCUCUGAAGGACCUUGUGUUGCACUACCACCACACCUCUCUCGUCCAGCACAACCGAGCUUUGGAUGUGCGGCUUGCCUACCCAGUCCACAUGACUGCACCCAGCAUUCAGAGCUAG